AUGAAGCUUGAAGCAUUUGAUCAAACAGAUCCCAGCACCAUAACAGUAGCUACGGUCUCACAAGUAGUAGGACGCACCAUGUGGGUGUUACUAGAUGGAUACAAGAAUGAUUCUGUGGAACGCAUCUACGAUGUGGAAUCAUCGGAUCUUUUUCCAGUUGGAUGGUGUAGCAUGAAUGGGCACCCAUUCAUUACAUCGAACGUUCAGCGUAAGAAAUUUGGACCAAUAAACUGUGAUGUGACAACUGCAUUUGUUCGAUCAUAAGAAAUUUUAACCCAAGCUCAUUAACCCAUUUUACUCCCAAGAUCUCGUUAGUAAUUCUCCUUACUGUCUGCCAUUCAAUUCUUAUGAUGUUACUUUGGGGAAUUUGGUAUUGGAUCAGCUAACGUAAAAAUCCCUUAAUUGAUAUUUUUCUUUAUUCCCAUGCCUUUUCUGCUUGAUAUUGUAUUGAUAUUGUAAGGAGAAAUUCUUUCUUGGUCACUCUUGGGAGUUAAAAGUUUGAGACCAAAGUGGAAAAGGUGAAUUAAAAAAGAUUGGAGAAAUUUGGUUACAGAUGAUGAGAUUUAUAAAAUAAGUUGAGUCAAAAAAAAUUCUUUCUUUUCUUACACGCGAUAUCUAUUUGUUUAGUGUUGGAAUUUCAAAAUCGUAAUGGAAGUCCCUUUUUUCUACAAUUUGUGUGUCACCUUUUUGAAAAUGUUUCAAUGUCACCAAAAUACACUUUAGAACAAGAUUUAAAGUUGCAAAAUCAGCGAUAUGAUUUUUGCAGAAGCUAGUGUAGGUUCUCUUUUGAUGAAGACUGUCUGUUACCUUCUUGUUAAGUUUUCUUAACGUCCAACAGCGCAUGAACGAUAACUGAGUGAUCUUCCUGAAGGGUACAUAGUUCAAAGGACGGAUAAUACUAUCCAACGGAUAAAUCACCAUCUAGCGGAUAAGUGUUGACAGGACAUACUGAGGUAUGUACAAGAUAGCGAUUUAUCCAGUGGAUAGCGUUAUGGACUCUUUGAACAACCGGGGCCAGAUGCAUACCUGACUGUGUUUCUUUUAUCAUCUUUGCUCAGGUCCUCCUGAGGAAAACACGCGUCUUGCUUCGCUGAGGUAUUUUAGAAAUUGUUGUUACGUAUUUGAAGUAAGCUGAUUUCGAUUUCAUGUAAACAGAAUACAUUUAUUAGCGAUCUAUUAAUGUUGUGAUGAUCUUGGCAUCCGAGAACAGUGAAUGUAGACUUAUUGUAAUGUGAGAUCGUGUCAACAUCAACAACAUCUCAGUAUUAAUUCUCAUCACCGUCUGCCAUAUAUUUUCCACCAGUUUUGUUCUUAGAAUUUGCUUCUCAGUCAAGUAACAUCAUCUAGUUAAUAGUUUUCUUUCUUCUCCUUACCUUUUUGCGCAUCUAUGUAUUAAUAGUAUGAGGAGAAAUUACUAACUGAUCAUUCCUGUGAGUGGAAGGUUUAAUUUGAGUUAAUCUCUUGCAGAACCACAAGACAAAGAGAAAGUAACAAAAAAGCGACAGAUACAAGCACAGCCAACAUCACCAAUAUCUCAACAACUAGAACUUAUGAAACGAGUACUACAAAUUCUACAACUACGCCUCUAAAUUCUGUAAACGUUACACCUGUCACAGAUGUAAACAACGUGACAAGCGUGAUCCAGCGUGACACAAAUCACCAGCAGAGCGUUAAUAUGACAUCCAUAAACACUGAAAACGAAGUCAAAAUGGAGUCCAAUUCUCACACAGAAAAAACGGAGUCUUGUUCUCUCGAAGAGGUGAACGCAAAGUCACAGGAGAAACAGUCACCCAUAUCUUCUAAGGGUAAAUAUGAUUUGGGGCCCUCGACACUUGUCCCGCGGGAUUACGGUGAAGAGGAAGAGGAGGAAAGUGCGGAAAAGAAGAAAGUUGAAGCUGUGAUCGAUCUGACAGAAGACGACGAGGUUGAGGUGGAGAGAAAGGAGAGUAAACCUGUUGAAACCAAACCAGGUCUACCUUCGAAGGAUGAUUCAGGUAGGCGUUCAUGACGGCUUUGUCAUUCUUUAAGUAAAAUGUCGAGCCGCACUUUAUAACUUGUUUAUUCUUGUACCUACAAUCGGGAACAAAAUUUGAUCUUUUAAACCCCCUGUUACUAUAAUUUUAUCUCUUUUACCGUAUUUAAGUUAACCUACUUGCCCCCCCCCCCCCCCCCCCCCCCCCAGAAAAGAAACAGAAUAAAGCAAAACAAAACAAACAAAAACAAUGUUGAACUUUUAGCUAAAUACAGGCAACAUUGAAUGGUAGAAGGGGGGGGGGGGUCUUCUCAUUAACUAAGAGUGUGGUAAAACAUGAGUGGUAUUCUACACAGAUAGGGCUCUUCAAACAUGAUGUGUCAACUAAUUUUGACACUGACUGUAGUCUCCUAGGUAGCCGCUGUUCUGUCACGGCACACACCACGCUCCGUCCUCCUUGCGUGAAGGGACCAAAUAACGGCUACGAAGAAAGAGACUUGAAAUCGUACUUCCCCUUGCUCACGAAAAGAUGAAAAACAUCUUUCUGUGUUUUAUUAUCGUCCUAUUCUAUUUCUUCACACGACGCUUCCAAAAAUGCUGAUCUUAGGAGUGUAUUAAACGCGUGUCACGUAGCUCAGUCGCCAUAGAGACUUUUUGUGCUUCAUUGGAAGAAAAUUGGAGUGCAGAUUUCGAAGAUCUGAGUCUCCAUUUGUUAUAAAGAGUUAGAAUUUUUUCUUAAUUUCACGCUUGUGGCAAGACGAGAAGAAAAUCUUUCUACAUGGUAGACUCUAUGUUGAUCUUUCUUCAAAAAUUUGCUUUUGUUUUCCUUUAUAGGGAUCUGUAUUUAUGUCAAAAAAUCCUGUGAACCGGGCCCGUUUCUUAAGCAAGCUAAAGUAGCAAGUCUUCCUGCUGUCAUUGGUCCAGCAGGUCCCAACAUUGUCUUUAGACAACUUGUUGAGCAAAUUGUUCUCAGCGCUCAUUCGUCGAAACAAGUUCUGAAGCUGCUUGCUUCUGAGACUGAUAAAAUGACUAUUGCUUCAAUUUUGAAGGUACAGUGUUCUUUUCUGUAGGGUUUUUUGAGCUUUGGUAGGUUCGAAAGCAUGAAUGGCGAAGGGGCGAAAGUGCUCGCCAGCCAGCUCGCCCACGACUUAAAUCCAUAUUUUUUAAAUUUAGUCUUGGAGAUUCAGUAGUAAACGCAGAGCAUAGAUAAAGAAGCUGAAGGCAGUCGUUUUAGUUGCCACUGGCAGUCACCAUAGUUAUUAUUUUCUGAAAUAUUCCUUAGAUUAUUUUCACAGUCCUUGUCAUGUUUGCUCGACUUCCAACGUGGGUAUCCAGUGGUUUGUGACGUCAGACACCUGGUGCUAAGCAACACCGCUGUGUGACAGGUGGACUCAGUCAAUUACAGAAUCAUAUCGGUUUUCUGCCUUUAUCUUUACGAGCGUGAUGUUUGUUAUUUUCUAUUGCAGACGUUAAAAAACAAACUCUCUUUGUGCGAGAAUCUCAUCAGUUUGAAUAAAGUCGCACUGUGUGCGCACUGUGAUGCUCAGAAAGGUUAG